UGAUAUCUGUGGUCUAAAAGUUCUGUUGAGCUUUUCGAUUCAAAAUAUUCAUUAAAAAACAUAGUCAAAUAAGUUUUAUUCUCAUGAUUUUUAUUAUCUCUACUAUAUCUGAUUUAUACUAAGUAUAAGUAAAUAAUGGAUUCAUUCUGCUACUCAGCUGUACCAUGUCCAACAAAGAAGCCUUUUUUGGAACCUUCUGUACCUGAUGCAUCAUUAUUGAUGAAUAUUCCUCCACCAAACACAUAUCAAGCAUGGAGAAAUAAUUUUGACAAUGGCGAUACAUGCCAGAAAGUAACCACAUCUAUAUUGAAAAAGCAAGUAAGAUUUAACGGCCCCACAAUUCCCCCUCAACACAUCGAAAUGAAAUGCAAUACUGAAAGUCAUAACAGCAAUGAAGCACGUAAGUGUCCAGCGAAUUCAUUACCACAAUAUAAUACACCUCCUAUGAAUAAGGUUUUGAAGAAUAAGCCAUUUCAAGAGAUCUAUAUGGCAAAUAUUCCUAAUAGGCAUUUAGACUUGAGUUUAAUCGAUUUGUGCAAACCAGGGAGAACUACCGAUUCUGAUAAUAGGAAUUCUAAUGUGACUGUGGAUAAAAAUCAUGUGGAGCAUCACAUUGAAGCUCCGACACCACCCCAAAAAGCACCCACAACUUACAAAGAAUUUUUAGAGAUGCAGAAAAAUUCAAAAGAGUCCGACAAAUCAAAUGAAAAAUACGAAACAAAUCAUUGUAUUACAGAUAUUUUCAAUUAUACUUCCCCCAGAAUUGAACCGAGAAAAAAACAAUUGUCUAAAGAAGUUAAAAUGAACAAAUUUAUGAAUGGGAAACCAGAAAACAUUAGGGAAGAGGCAUGCAAUAUGGAAAAUCGUAAUGAUGAAUUGAACAUGCAUAAGAAAUUGUCUAAUUUAUAUUCAAAUGUAUCAUCACAGAGAAUUACAGCGGAAAAAGAAAAUAUUUGUUGUGAUACUGAUAAAAUUUCCACGAAUUCCCAUUCAUCGGGACCCCAGGAUAGGUUUAACAUUGAGGAUUUACAGAUUUCUAAGUUUCAAACUCAACAAAAAAGGCAAACGAGUGACAGUGCAGUUCAAACAAGUAUGAUUAGUGUCUCGAAAGAGGAAAAACAAGAACUAGCUGUGGUGAAGAAUGCCGAUGAACCCACCGUUAAGGAUUUAUUGAAAAUAAUCCAGCAACAAAACGAACAACUUUUGGUGCUCCAAAAACAAGUGGCAAGUCUGCUAGACUUCAAAGACAGUCAAAAGAGCAUUGAGCCAAGCAGACGAAGAGAAAACGAAGAUGAUAAAUUGGCACAGCCAAUCAAAGAACAUAAGGAUUAUUUGAAUAGUGCGGGUAGUACUCCCAGAAAAGGCGCUCUUCCAAAGUUUUCUAUCGAUUUGAUGACCAGCUUCGAGGUCUCUUUCAGGCCGCAGCAAAACAUGUAUCAACGAAAACAGAGAGAUUUCGUCUCUCAAGAACCCAAAAUUCAAGAAAUAAUAGAGAACGACCCGAAAGCUGUUACAACUAACACAGAAUCUAGACAAAGGGCAACAGAUCCUUCGUUGUACCUUCAAGAUCCCAUAACGGUUCAAGAGAACUGUCCGAGCCCCGAACCAAGUAUAAAUAUAGACAUGAAAGAUUACGAAAGUUCAGAUGAAGACGAUGAGGAUUCCACCUCGGAUAUUGGGGCUUCUUUCUACAGGAAAAUGAUGGACCAAGUGAAUAAGAUUAUUCAGAAUGCACAAAGGCAAGCAACGUUUGACGGAAAAAUGUCAGGAAGUGAAGAAUUUAAAGAAAGGACCCUGGAUAAAGUUCGAGACGCUACUGUAAAACAGUUGAAAAAGAUGGGAAUGAAUUUUUCACCCAUCGAAGAGGUCUCUAGCUCCAGCUCCUCUAACUUAGUUGACGAUGCAUCCGAGCAGAUAAACUCGGCAGUGAAACAAUUGUUGAUGAAAUACUUACCAGACGAACAAUUGGCAAGAUUCGGUAGAGAUAAUAACGGUGCAGUGAAUAAAAAACGAAGUACGGAUAAAAUUGUACUAAAUUCAAGAGCUCCGCAGUUUUCCUUUGCCACAGUGCAGUUUAUGAAAAAAUACGACUUGAUUGCAUGUGACGGUGGUGAACCUUCUAAAAAACGUAAUAUCCAAGAAAAAGCCAAACCUGCAAGAGCGUACAGAGGGCACCAUAAUAAUCCCAAAAUAUUGGACAUUUCAAAACUUAAACAGCAGCCGAAACUGUUAUAAAAAUAAUUCCCUCAUAGAUUGAGGGUAAAUAGAUAAUGAACGGAACAAUAUAAUUUUAUUAUACAUUAUUAAAACAAGCAAUUUUUGGAUCGUUCUAUAUUUUAUUCUACACAAUUUAUUUAUAUGACGAUUGCCACAGUUUAAAUAAACUCUAGUUGUUAA